CUCGGAGGCGUGGCGGAUUUAAUGGGUUAGCCAAUCACUGAACGUUAAAUUACACGUCACGUGAUUAAUCGACACUCGGGAACAUGGCGUCCUACAUGAUCCGAAUUUCUGCGUUGAUAUGCCUACUUUGCCAACUAAAUUUACAGGCAAUUUCCUCUAAUAAUGUGGAGGUGAGGAAUGAAGCCAACAAGUUUUUCAGCAAAGGUCAUACAAAUAAUUGGGCUGUAUUGGUGUGCACAUCUCGAUUCUGGUUCAACUAUCGUCACAUCGCCAAUGCAUUGUCCAUCUACCACAGUGUGAAGCGCCUAGGAAUUCCCGACAGUCAAAUCAUCCUCAUGAUAGCGGAUGACAUGGCCUGCAAUGCACGCAACCCAAGACCAGCUGCAGUGUUCAACAAUGCUAACCAGCACAUCAACGUUUAUGGUGAUGACAUCGAAGUGGAUUACAGAGGAUAUGAGGUGACGGUUGAGAAUUUCAUCCGCGUUCUGACCGGUCGACUUCCUCCAAGUACCCCACGCUCCAAGCGGCUCCUGACUGACGAUCGCAGCAAUGUCCUGGUGUACAUGACCGGACACGGAGGGGAUGGCUUCCUCAAGUUUCAAGAUGCGGAGGAGAUCAGCAGCAUCGAGCUGGCAGAUGCCUUCCAGCAGAUGUGGAAGAAAAGAAGAUACCAUGAACUGCUCUUUAUUGUGGAUACAUGCCAGGCUGUUUCACUCUACAAGUAUUUCUACUCUCCCAACAUCAUAGGCAUUGGUAGCAGUCAAGUUGGAGAAGAUUCCCUGUCACAUCACCAUGACUCUGCUAUUGGAGUGUAUAUCAUUGAUAGAUACACAUACUAUGUCCUGGAGUUCUUGGAAAGAAUGACACCAUCGAGUCAGAAAACAUUGGAUGAAUUUUUCAAGGUAUGUCCACAACGGGUCUGUAAGUCCACCCCAGGAGUCAGGGCAGACCUUUUCCAGAGGGACCCAAAGAAAGCCCUGGUCACAGACUUCUUCGGUAGUGUCCGCAACGUGGAAGUCUCAUUAAACCAAGUCAAUUUUACUGCUGAAGUGCCCGAUGAUGCCAUUCCUUCACACAAAGUUGAUGAUUCUGAAAAUACCGAGGGUGCAACUUUUGAUUAUGUCUCUCAGUUUCCAGAUGACUCUUUAUUAGAAUCUUUACAAAAGGAGCAGAGAGGUGUCAAGUUCCCUGUCCCUUUUGUGAUUGCGAGUAGUGUGUUUUUCGGCAUCGUGGUGUUGGUUCUCUUCACAAGGAUAUUAUCAUGACCCAUGGCUGACUCUCAACUUGUACGGUAUAGGGUUAACAAAUUACAUUUAUAGCUGUGUUCAUGGUGAAAUGAAAGUUUGCAAUUAUAUUUGAUUUUGAA